GUUGUUUCAGAGCUUCGCCGAGAACUCCCAGCCCCGGAAGAUUGCCGAUCAGAUUCCAAUGCAUGAGCUGCUAAGCGAGCUCGGAUACGGAUUGAUACUCACGCAGUUGCUUGCCAAAUACAAGCCCUUCCUGGACAUUGCUGGCCCAGCAGCAAUAGACCGCUUCCUGUACACAGGAGAACGACACAAGAAUGAGUCGUUUGCCGCUUUCCUGGCAGCCAAGGAGGUCGCCAGGCAAGACAUGGAGCUUCAUCUUCAAGAAAGGCUGUCUGAGAAGGUGGCAGGGAGAGUUCUGUUGAGGCAGGCAAACUUGAGUGACUUUCAACGGGAAUUACUUGCACUCAAGGAUCAAUCCCAGCUCCUGACAUUCGAUCAAGUCGCGGCGCUCUUGCGGCCCUUGGAUCGUCCGGAGCUGUUGGCCCAGGCAGCCGGCACAGAACUUGGCACCGCUGGGGCAAAACACUUCCCGGUGGUGACGGACGGCAAUCCCGAGGAUGAGGAAGAGGACGAGGAGCAAUUCCUUCAGGAAGAGGAAGAGGAGGAGUCGGACAGCUUGCACGACGACGAGCUCUACUUUGAGGACAGAGAAUACAACGAGGACGAGGCUCUGUUCAUCAGUGCCUACCACAGUGCCUAUGCCGACAUCCGGAAGGACUUGAAGGAUCGCAAGAAAGAGCGCGGCUUUGUUCGUCAUCGAGCCUCUGCCUCCCAGGGAGGUAAAGGUCGGGGCAAAGGGCGUCGGCAAGACCGUGGCCGUUCUCGCGAUCGUGCUCCUCCUCGUCGCUCCACUUUUAACAAGGUGGAUCCCAAGCUCAUCAAGGGGAGUGGCACGGAUCUACAGGCUCGAGUUCGCUGCUUUAACUGUCAAGAGCUGGGGCAUUAUGCGAAGGUUAUGGCAGUCUUUCACCAGCCGCAACCGCCCAGCAUGGAUCACUUGCAGAUCUUCGCGGGCAUCAGAGUCAGUGGAUCGCAGGCCCUCGUCGACACCGCCGCGGAGGAUGCAGUGAUUGGCAGCAUUGCGGCGGAUCAUCUUCAGCAAGAACUUCGACGUUGGGGCCUCCGCUGCCUCCCAGUUUCGCAGGAUCAGCCGAUUCCAUGUGCAGGCAUUGGCGGCUCGGCCAAAGUGUGUGCCAUCCUGGAUGUGCCAACUUGUGUGGCGGGCAUUCUCGGUGUGGUUCGCUUUUCUGUGGUGGAAGACUCGGCAAGUUUCCAGACGCCGCCGCUUCUUCCCAUCUCCUACUUAGAAGCGAUUCACUCGAUUCUGGAUUUGGGCAAGAACCGACUGUAUACGCCCGAUGGCCAUGAGUCUCCUAUGGUUCGGCUCCCGUCUGGGCACAGGGCCAUCAACGUCCUUGAUUUUGAUCAGACGCCCUGGGAGCUGCCCGCGAGCUUUCGUGGUCCCUCUGGCGUGGACCCAUUCGCGCUGCCCGCUUCCUCGGCCACUUCUUCUUGGGGGGGUGUGGCAGCUGCAACG